GUUUUGAGCCGAAGGUGGUGUUUGAUAGUUGCAUGUUACAUGAGAUUUUGUAGCCAAGCGUUUGUAGCAAAGUGUGCCACAAACCUGUGCUAGUGCUUUGAACACAGCACACGCUCCAGUGCUUGGUUUGUGAAAGCGCUCGGCCUAGUCCUUAAUUAUUGGAGCUGCCCCCCCACACACACACACACACACUCGUCACUCCUCUCUUUGUCUGUCAUUCACACCUCCGUCUCCUUAAACCCCCUGUCUUCCCUUCCGCUCUCUCCCUUCCUCGUCCCCCGUCCCCCCCCCCCCCCCCCCCCCCUGUCUACUCACCCCCCACCCCUCCCUGUUCAGUCUGUGUGAUCAGCUGACAAGAUAACAUGCAGGCCGACAUGCAGAAACACUACUCCACAGGCUUACAUUACUCCUCAAAGACUGAUUACCGUCCUCCUUGCUUUCCUCCCUCUCCGGUUUGAUUCACCACUACCAAGCAGUAACGACAUGAAGUUGACCUUUCCGUGUGCUUAAAAGUUUGAAUGUCCUGCCGCUCUCUGUAAUUGACUUUGUACUCCAGAUAACUUGAUAAACUUCAGUUUAUUUUCAUGUCAUUCUCAGCUUCAUCCCUUUCUGCCAUCCACUCGACCUCAUUUUCUCUAUCAUCGUCACUGUAUUUCUUACUUUGGCCCUCUCGGCUUCCCAAAAUACACUUCUAAAAUACCCCUCUCUAUUUUUAUCGUCGAGGUGUCUCCAUGUGUUUCUGUAAUUGAUCUCUUUUCUCCCUCGGUCUGAGUUUGUGCGGCCCCCAUCAAUUAUCAAUGAGUGGACGGGGAUAUGGAGAGAGGGGAGGCCGAGAAAGAUCGGCUUAUAGUGAUUAAUGGAAACCUCAUUAGGAACUGGAUAGAAGUUUGGUAACAUUACGUAGGGGCCUUAAGCCACGAGUCUCUCCAGGUCUAUUUCAGUUUGAAAGAGACAAGUUUAACGAGAGUUAAGGAAGACAGGGUGGGGGGGAAGAAAGAGGAGGAGGAGAUGGAGGAAGAUAAGAGGGGAAGGAAGGUGAGAUGACGGAAAGGAAAGGAGAGGGUUAGCGCACCAAGUACAGUUCCCUCAACACUUAAACACACUUCAAGAUACGUACACGGAAACAACAAUGGUUAUCAAACAAAAAGGGGAGGACAAAAAAACAGAUCCUACUUUGGAUAGGCCAGGGAUUGGGAUUAUUUACGGGGAGCAGAUUCGUUGAGUGGAAUGAGGUGCACAGUUUCAAAUCCAUGUGUUUCUGCAUAUGUCAGAGCUGUGUGUGUGGCGCGUCUGCCUGUUUGAGGUCCAGGCGGCCAUCAAGAGGAAGGUGGAGAAGCAGAAGAAGAGGUCAGGAGAGCAGGGAGACGCCUCGGCCGGAGGCAGCAAAACUCGCCCCCUCAGCAGCGCCCGCCAGAGAGCUGCCAGGGGCAUAGCAGCCAGGGAGGAGGAAGAGGAAGAGGAAGAGGAGGAGGAGGAGCAGCGGAGGAAGCAGGAGGAGGAGGAGGAGCAGGUGGAGGAGAAGGAUGAGCACCUUCAGAGGGAGAAGGAGACCGCUGACCUGUCCCCUAUGGUGGAAUCGGUGUUUGGACAGGACAGAGAGCUGAGACCGGAGGAGAUCGAAGAGCUUCGGGAAGCAUUCGUGGAGUUUGACAAGAACAAGAAAGGUUACAUCAGUUACAAGGACCUGGGCGAGUGCAUGAGGACCAUGGGAUACAUGCCUACUGAGAUGGAGCUCAUUGAACUGGGCCAGUCCAUCUGUGGCGGCAAAUUGGACUUUGAAGACUUUGUGGAACUGAUGGGCCCCAAGAUGCUUGCAGAAACGGCAGAUAUGAUCGGAGUGAAGGAACUCAGAGAUGCAUUUAAAGAGUUUGACUCCAACGGUGAUGGUCAGAUUAGUAUCAUGGAGCUCCGGGAAGCCAUGAAGAAGCUGAUGGGGGAGCAACUGACCAACAGAGAGAUCGAUGAGAUCCUCCGAGACGUCGACCUCAAUGGAGAUGGACUAGUCGACUUUGAAGAAUUUGUUCGUAUGAUGUCACGUUGACGCGUGUGAAGAGUGACAUAAUCUAACAGCUGGAUAAAGGGACCACAUUACGCUGUAGUGAGAUUUCUUGAUUUGCUGAGAACAUUUUGUAAAUAUGUUUUCGAUAAGUGAACACCAAACGGAACUCUACAAAAUCUUAACAAAUAAAAAAAGAUAUGGUGGCGAUCUAAAUUCAAACUACAGAUUAUUUGUAACAAAUCAAAGAUGUAUUAAAUGUAUGUUCUCUUUAUGUUCU